UAAAAAAAAAAAAGUUUGAGGUUAAUUUUUGUGUGACGAUUUUUUUUUUGUGUCUACGGAAUAAAAAAAAAAAAUGUUGUCAAGAAUAGCUUUGCGUAAUGCCAUAACUCGUUUGCCUGUUGUGGCACGAGCUCAGAGUUCAUCAGCUGUUGAUACUCAAAGACGAGGAAGACCAAUUGAUCCAUCACCAGUUCGUCAUGGUUUCAUUCCAGAAGAAUGGUUUACUUGCUUGUACAACAAGACUGGUUUUACUGGUCCAUACAUGUUGGCACUUGGUCUAUCAACAACUCUUGUGUCAAAAGAAAUUUAUGUUCUUGAGCAUGAAUAUUAUACUGGUGUCUCUGUAUUAAUUGUGAGUAUACUUGCUGUUAAAAAACUUGGUCCAAUGGUUACAAAAUGGAUUGAUGAAGGUAUGGAUAAACAAGAAAGUGAACUUAAUGAAACAAGAGAUAGUGAAUUACGUCAGUAUAAGGAUCUUAUUGAACAUGAAAAAAAUCAACAAAUGAGAACUGAAGCUCAACAAAUGAUUCUUGAUGCUAAAAAAGAAAAUAUUAAAAUGCAACUUGAAGCUGCUUAUCGUGAACGUAUUCACACUGUUUACACAGAGGUCAAAAAACGUUUGGAUUAUCAGCUACAAAUUGCAAAUGUUGAACGUAGAGUUGCACAAAAACAUAUGAGUGAUUGGAUCAUCAAUAGUGUUCUUAAAUCAAUAACUCCAGAUCAAGAAAAAGCUAAUCUUCAACAAUGCAUUGCUGAUUUACAAGCACUUGCACCAAAAUAAAAUGUUCCAUUGUAGACAUGCUAGAAUGUUACAAUAAUUAUAUAAUUUACUCAAAAAAACUUGUAAAAGUCGUAAAGUAAUUCAUUAAAAAACAAAACAAACAUUAAUAAAAAAUAAAAUUUC